AUGGACAACGCAUCUGGCCUGGAAUUAUCAACAGCAGCCACGGACCCGACAGCCUACGGGUCAGUAGUACGCAGGCCCGACUUCGGCGUGAUCAUCACUGCUAUCCUGAACAUUAUCUUCUACACCAGCGUGAUGCUCCUAGGCAUAAGCGGCAACAGCCUUAUCCUCAGAGUGUACGGGUCCAAGCCCCAGAAGACCAGCACGCACGUCCUCAUCCGAGGCCUCGCCUGGUUUGACCUGAUGGCCUGCGCCCUACGAAUUCACAAUAUCGCGUACCACGUCGCGGCCCUCCUCGGACGACAACUGCCCAUCUUCUUCAUAGCGACCACACUCGCCAGCACCAUCACCCCGUACACCUCCGUCGUACUGACGGGUGCAAUCGCCGUGGAAAGGUACGACUGCGUGUGCCGGCCGAGAAGACGGCUGCUGAAUCCCCGCAGAGCCAAGCUCCUGGUUCUAGGUUCCUGCCUCGGUGCAGUUGCCGGGUGCAUUCCAUACGCCGUCGCCAAGAUUUUCCCCUCCCCGACGACUAUCAAGACCGCUCUGGAGUUCCAGUUGAUUCCGUACGUGGCCGUGCUGCUGGUGAUCGCAGUCUGCUACGGGAGGGUUUACCAAACGAUCCGAAAACACUUGAAAAUCAGUGCAUUGAGUUCCCAGGGACUGCGGACCAACCGGUCGGCGGAUGCAAACACCACAACUCGCAGAGGAAACAACUCCAUCGGCACAAGCAUCAACACUCUGGCAGCGCAGAUUUCGACAGAUACCGAAAGGGUUUCUGGUAGAUUGCAACCAUCCAGCUCGAGUAACACUCUGGUAGUAGCUGUGGUAGCGGGGCCCUCGACAUCGACGACGCCCACUGAUGCUGCUGGGGACCUGCAACCCAUCGGCCGCGACGGCGAGCACCAACCGGCGAUACUUCAACCCCAACCCGCGAAAGGUAUCUCGAAUGACCCGACCGUUUCACUCCAGCGAAAGACCACUCGGAUGCUGUUCGUCACCAGCGUGGUAUUCCUAAUCACCUGGCUGCCCUACUGGCUCUAUGUCGCCGUCGCACUUCACAAGUACAAUGGCGCGGACAUCGAUGACAACGUCUUGGUAGUCGUGUACCACUGCGCAAGCGUCCUGCACAUUAACAACGUCGUCAAUCCUCUGAUCUACGGGGUGUCCAACAGACGAUUUCGGAAAGACUCUUUGGAUAUGCUUCGAAAACUGAAGCCCUGUUGA